AUGUCAGCAACAUUAAAACCAUACACCAGUGACGACGACUUCCGUAUUUUAAAGGGCGAACACGGAAAGAUUAACUGGAAAGAAUCUCGACUUAAAAGCUCAAGAUUUUAUUCAACUGUGGUUUCUAUUUUAAGAUUUUUACAAUGGUUUCUUGGCAUUCUUUUCUUUGGGCCAGUUCAACGUCUGUGGAGCCCUUCCCACAUCAUUUUGCCGUCAGCAAGUGUAACAGACAAUAAGCCAAAAAUGUCCCGAAUUUUCGUACUGGAUAGUGUUUCAUCCUGUGAUAACCUUCUAAAGUCGUACCGUGCACAGUAUCCUUUUAAGAUGAAUUUUGUUGGGCUAGACUGUGAGUGGGUGAACAAGAAAGGCCAGAAAAGCGCUCCUGUUGCUUUGCUUCAAAUUGCAACUCCCCUUUGUGACUGUUUUCUUAUUCGUUUGUGUAAAAUGGGGAAUCAUCUACCACAAACUGUAAGAGAUAUCUUGGAAGAUAAGAACGUCCUUAAAUUUGGUGUUGGUAUACAAGACGAUGCAAAGAAGCUUUCAGGGAUGUUUGGCAUGGCUGUGCUAGGCUGCGUGGAUCUCAGGCAUGUAGUACAGAGGUGCCGAUUGGAUCAUACUGGCGAGCGAAGGUACCUUAUCUGUAGUCAUACCUGCCUCUGUUGUCAUGGCAGCUGAUCAGUUUACCAUGAUAAGCACCCUCCCUCCUUGGGUGGUCAUUUGCGGGAGGUUUGACCACAUGAAAGAAAUUUUCAACUCUUUGUUGCAAUGCUUCAAAGCACCAAAGUAACAGUAAAUUUAUAACAAUUCCUGAGAGACCAGACUUGAACCAGUCUCAAAACAAGUUUCUUAUUGCAUUUUUCUUGAAAUGCUUGUCAUUUCAGUAAAGAAGUAUUUUGAGUUUGGAAGUCAAAGGGAAAGAUAAAUAUUCACUGCAUUUUUGGUUUUGUUUUACAGUAGUCACAAGAUGAGCCUUGAUGCCUUAGCCAAGAGAAUACUAGGUGUUGCAAUGGAUAAAUCGUGGAGGAUUCGAUGUAGCAAUUGGGAAGCAGAGCAGCUCAACACAAGACAGAUUGAAUAUGCUAUGAAUGAUGCUUUAGUUGCAAGCCACAUUUUUCUAAGACUAAUCAAAUUGAAGGACGAAGAAAGAAAAGUUAGCAGAACUUCUGACAUUUUUGAGGAUUGUUCUGAAAAGAAAUAUCAAGUUAUUCAAAAUGGUGAUUUGAUGUAUGCAGAUUAUUUUAACCACAGGGUCAGUGAAAAUGAAACUCAUUCUCAGUUAAAUGAAUUUGAUGCACUUGUUGAUGAGACAUCUUCUGUUGACAAGGAUUUGGCAACUAGCAGUGAAAGCCCUGACUGUCAUGUAGUAGGAAGAGAAACUAACAUUGCACUUGCCAUUGAAGCAAUUAAUAACCUUGAAUCACAAGAAACAGAGGACAAAGAAAAAUAUGACAUAGAGAGCAUGAGUCAUGAAAAAUCAAGUAAGGUUAAUGUAGUCAGCAGUCUUGAGAGCCAUCCUAGAGAAGAUGAUUUUACAUUUUGUGGUGAUUUUGUACCAGAUGCUGUUGACUGCACCACUGUCCGUACUUUUGACGAGGAGGACAUUUCUUUUGAUGGUUAUGAAGUCAUAGCAGACCUAAAUAAGAUGGUAUCUGAAGGAGGAGAAGGCUACUUUCCCAGAGAAGAAGUCAUCAAACUUUUGCAGGACACGUCCUUUUGCCAAAGAGCACAUUCUCUCUGUCAGGGAGUGACUGAUCUUGCAUUCAAGCAUAAAAAAGGGAAGGUUACAACUAAGAGGAAUACUAAGGAGAAUGACGAGGCAAAUGAAUAUCCUUCAAUUGCAACUGAUAAAAAGGCUUACAAGGGAAUAAGAACUGUGAGAAAAUCACCCCUUUACAUGAAUUGUAUGUUAGCAGCCCCAGAUGGUUCAAAGCUUUGCACUCUGAGUCGUAAAAAGGCAGAUUGGUACAUUGAAAAGGAACUAGGUGGGAAAAUCUAUCAGUACUUAUCUUACAAAGCAUUAGUUUAAUCUGUGUUUAUUUCUAAGUAACAACUGCAUAACUAACUAAUAUUGCUUGGUAUCUAACCCCCCCAGAACAGACUCGCAACACCAUUGGAUUCAAGCGGCUUAUAAAUAAUUUUAUCUUACACAUACAGAUAAUGAUUUAUUUUACCCUAAUAUACAUUUAAUACAAUACCUAAGGCCCAUCAAAAGAGUAAAUCACAAAAUCAUCAUCAUAUUAUUGGUUUCCUAACUAGUCUGUAUUAAAUCGUACACUAAGGUUAUCAAUGUAUUUAUUUCACGAUUACAUAUUCACUGAACUCUGCUGCUGUUACAUGCCAUUAACUUUCAUUGUAAGAGCUUAUUGAUUAUAGGUACACAGGUCAAAACAACAGGAGAGAACCUUUAAAAAUAUUUAUUAGAGUCUUUUUGACAGAUAGGAUUCCUCAUUUCUUGUUUGAAUUGUUAAAUAGAUUAGCAUACAUGCGUCAUACAGCUGUGUAACUGUAGAACAACCAUUAAAAAUGAUCUACUUUUUUGUAGGGGAACUAACUGGUCUUGACCCGUACACUGUCCAGCUCAAAUUUGAACCAUCAGGAAGGCCAGGAUCAGAAGACUCAUAUUACCUUAAUUUCAAGGACAACAUUUGUGUUGUUUGUGGAAGAGAUGAUAGUUACUUAAGGAAAAACGUCGUGCCGCAUGAAUACCGUCGUUAUUUCCCAUCCUUCAUGAAGGACCGUCACUCACAUGAUAUCCUCUUAUUGUGUUCUGAGUGCCACUCUUUAUCAAACUGCUAUGAUUCAAAACUGCGAGCAGAGCUGUCAGAAAAGUAUAAUGCUCCACUAGGUAAGGGUUUCUGGGUAAGGUAUACAGACAACUCUCUCUAAGACUAACACCUUUGGGACCUGACCAGCACUAAGAGUCUAUCUUAGAGAGAUGUCCAUCAAUAAAGAGAGUAAAGGAAGGCAGGGUCCAACCAUAAAUGACCAUUUUACUUAGGUGUCCAUCUGAUACAGGUGUCCAUUAAGAGAGAGUUCACUGUAUGUCAUUCAACCAGAGGGCUCUAUUAUAGCAUUACACUCUACCUUUUUAAAUUUUACCACCUUCUCCUUAAUUUUGUAUUAACUGGCAGUUGGCAUUGCCCAGGUAAAGUUGCAAGCCUAACUACUGUAGGAUGAACCCAACCUAGCUCAUGCACAGAUGCCCCCUCCCCUAAAAAAGAGGGGGUGUCUGUACACAGGAAAGGUCCAAACUGGCCUAAGCUAACUGAAGGUGACAGGAACUUGGCNGGCUCUAUUAUAGCAUUACACUCUACCUUUUUAAAUUUUACCACCUUCUCCUUAAUUUUGUAUUAACUGGCAGUUGGCAUUGCCCAGGUAAAGUUGCAAGCCUAACUACUGUAGGAUGAACCCAACCUAGCUCAUGCACAGAUGCCCCCUCCCCUAAAAAAGAGAGGGUGUCUGUACACAGGAAAGGUCCAAACUGGCCUAAGCUAACUGAAGGUGACAGGAACUUGGCCUGAUAUUAAGAGACUUACUUAAAACCUGUAGCACCCAACUCAUUGACACAGUCAUGAGUUAACACAGUUUAAUUCUAUGCUUAGAACAUACUAAAAUGUUACCAAUCCUUUUGUCAUAUUUAAUCACUUUAAUUUUGACCUUUCCUUUAAGGAAACGCCACCGUUGCUCGUCUUACCAACGAUUCAGAACUGAGCAAAGUCAAGUCCGCUGCAAAGGCCUUAAACUAUGCAUAUGACAGGCUCCCUGAGGAAAGGCGUGAAACCUUAUUAACCUGUGUUAAGAAUUACUUCAAUGUUCAGGUUGUUACCCAAGAAAUGAUCUCCCAAGCUGUAGUCAUGGAAACAGCAAAGGAAAAUCCCAAUUUUGUGUCUCAUGGACAUGAAGUGGUGAGAAAGAUUCGCGAGGAAGGACAAUUGCUCGAGUUUGAGAAAAUGUGGCGGAAACACUUUAUCGAUACAAUGCGCCCGCAGUACCUUCCGCCUUUGUGGUCAGUAGACCAUCGUCACGAAACAUUAAAGGAAAAACUUGAGAACAAAGUCGACAGCUGA